UGGCUGCGCAAAGGAAAAAAAAUAUAUUGCAUUUGUCUUUAUAGCAUCCAGAAUGGGAGGCAAAAAUUCGAAGUUGGAUCCUAUGGAUGUGGAGGUUCCAGAUAUCAAGGCCCUUUUAGAGAGGGAUCCAUAUUUACAACCUUAUGAGGCAGAGAUCCGUCGCCGUUAUGGUGUAUUCAAAGAUCAUCUUGAUAAAAUUUCAACAAAUGCGGAUGGAUUUGACAAUUUUACUGAAGCAUAUAAGUACUAUGGGAUGCAUGUUCAGCCCGAUAAUUCUAUAAUCUGCAGAGAAUGGGCGCCAAGUGCCUUAGGGCUUUUUCUGACUGGAGAUUUUAACAAUUGGGAUCGAAAUAGCCAUCCUUAUACAAAACUUGAAUUUGGAAAAUGGGAAAUUGUUCUGCCAGCAAACGCCGAGGGAAAACCCGCUAUUUCACAUCUUCAAGAAGUGAAGGUUGUUGUGUUAACGCAAAAUCAUCAAAAGGAAGAUAGACUUUCACCAUAUGCUCCAUAUGUAGUAGAACCGCCAAAAUCAGAAGGAACCAUUUAUAAACAACUAUUUUAUAAUCCACCACAAGAGCAGCGCUAUGUAUUUAAGCACAAAGCCCCACCAAAGCCAAAAAGCCUACGAAUUUAUGAAUGUCAUGUGGGUAUCGCUACAUCUGAAUAUGGAGUUGGCACUUAUGAUAAUUUCACUGACAACAUUCUUCCGCGUAUUGUAAAACAGGGUUACAAUGUUAUUCAAGUAAUGGCCAUCAUGGAACAUGCUUAUUAUGCUAGUUUUGGAUAUCAAGUUACCAGUUUCUAUGCUGCUUCAAGCAGAUACGGUAAUCCGGAUGGUUUAAAACGGCUCGUCGAUACAGCGCACGAGUAUGGUUUAACCGUUUUAUUAGAUGUUGUUCACUCUCAUGCUUCUAAGAAUGUUAUGGACGGACUUAAUAUGUUCGAUGGCACCGAUUCUUGCUUUUUUCACGCUGGGAGUCGUGGUGUUCAUUCUUUGUGGGACUCGAAGCUAUUCAAUUAUUGUGAAUAUGAAGUUCUGCGAUUUUUGCUCUCAAAUAUCCGGUGGUGGAUGGAAGAAUAUCGCUUUGAUGGAUUUAGAUUUGAUGGAUGCACAUCAAUUUUAUACCAUUCCAGAGGCAUCGGCCAAGGAUUCAGUGGUCACUAUGAUGAAUACUUCGGUUUAAAUGUUGAUACUGAAGGCGUAGUGUAUGUAAUGCUCGCAAACUACACUGUACAUCAUUUUAACCCGGAUGGAAUUACUAUUGGAGAAGAUGUGUCCGGAAUGCCUGGUACUUGCCGCCCAAUUGAUGAAGGAGGUUUGGGUUUUGACUAUCGUCUUGCCAUGUCGAUUCCGGACAAGUGGAUUGAGCUGCUCAAAAAAUGCAAAGAUGAAGAUUGGAAUAUGGGUAACAUUGUCCAUACCUUGACCAAUCGACGUUGGAUGGAAGCUAAUGUGGCCUAUGCGGAAUCACAUGACCAAGCACUUGUGGGAGAUAAAACAAUAGCUUUCUGGCUUAUGGACAAGGAAAUGUAUUCUCAUAUGAGCAUCACUUCGCCACCAUCAGCUAUUAUUGAUCGUGGAAUCGCUCUACAUAAAAUGAUUCGCUUCAUUACUCACGCCCUCGGAGGCGAAGCUUGGCUUAACUUUAUGGGCAACGAAUUCGGCCAUCCAGAAUGGCUGGAUUUUCCAAGAGAAGGUAAUAACAGUUCAUACCAUUACGCCAGAAGACAGUGGAAUUUAGUCGAUAACGAAUUAUUAAAGUACAAAUGGUUAAAUAAUUGGGAUCAAGCAAUGAACGAAACUGAGAAAAAGUAUGGAUGGCUUGCUGCUGGCCCUGCGUAUGUGAGUCUUAAACACGAAGAUGAUAAAAUUAUCGUUUUUGAAAGAGCUGGUUGCCUCUUUGCAUUUAAUUUUCACCCUACCAAAAGUUUCCCCGAUUACAAAGUGGGCAUUGAAAAAGCUGGGACUGUCAAGAUUGUGAUGAAUUCUGAUGAAAGCAGAUUUGGAGGAUUCAACAGAAUUGAUGCUUCGAUUCCGGUGCCUGUCCAAAAUGAUGGAUAUUGCGGAAGAAGUCACUCGGUUCAGGUUUAUAUUCCCAGUCGCACUUGUCUCUGUCUUGCAAGUGUCGACUAAUUAUUACUUAUAAUUAGAGCUUGUUAAAUAUUAUUUUUGUACUGAAAUCUCCUGUUCCGUAGGGACAGCAUUGUUCGAAAUGAUUUGAAGUUAUUUUAAAUCGGGCAUUACAUAUUUUAUAGGCAUCAUUCUUGUUAUAGCUUGAUAGAAUAUAUUCGUAGGAAUUCAAAAAUUAUGAUUUGUGUUGAAAUAAAAUGAACUUUUUUCA